UCGUUAGUCUGGCCACACUUCAUAAGUGACAACUGUCAAAACCUCGAAUUUUGGACUUUUGUGGAAAAAUCAGAUUGAUGUGAAAUUUGUUUUACCACCCGACAUUUGUAAAGAAUUCAUCUAGAUAACCGAUUUGUAACAAAUUUUAUCACAUCACAGAGUAUUAAAUAAAACCUAGCCAGUGAAAUAUUAAUUAAAAAAUAGUUCAAACAUGGCUUUUAAUUUCGCAGCGUUCACUUAUAUAGUGGCUUUAAUAGGCGAUGCAUUUUUAAUAUUUUUCGCUAUAUUUCAUGUAAUCGCAUUUGAUGAGCUAAAAACAGACUAUAAAAAUCCCAUAGAUCAAUGUAACAGCCUGAACCCGUUGGUGUUGCCCGAAUAUUUACUUCAUAUUUUCCUCAAUUUAUUGUUCCUGUUGUGUGGCGAAUGGUUCUCCUUGUGUAUUAACAUACCGUUAAUUGCUUACCACAUAUGGCGCUACAAAAAUCGCCCUAUCAUGACUGGUGCAGGUCUGUACGAUCCAACAACUGUUUUAAGCACAGAUAAUUUGACGAAAAAUAUGCGCGAGGGUUGGAUUAAGUUAGCCAUCUACUUAAUUUCAUUCUUCUAUUAUAUUUAUGGAAUGGUUUAUGCGCUAAUAUCUACGUAGAAGUAAUAAAAUAUGUAGUGAUCUCGAAAUUAAACAAAAACAUAAAUAAAUUUAUAAUUACCAUCAUCUCAGCACUUAUAAGAAGCCAGAUGAACAAACCAAAUAUGAAGAAAUAUUAGUUUGAUUUUGGGUAAUUAUAAGUUGUACGUGAGAACAAAUUAAAGUCAUAUUAAUUACUACUGUAUUCUCAAAUUAUAAAGAUUUGAGAAUGUUGCUAGUAAUCAAAAUCUUGAUUGCAAAAGCUUCAAAAGGCACUACAUAAAUUGAGAUUUUUUUUAAUAAAAGAAAAAAACGACUAAAUAUUUAGCGAUAUUAUUAAAAAAUCUAAAAAACACUAAUAAAGAUAUCAAGUUUUCUACAUCAUAUCUAGCUUAAUCGACACUAUCGUAUUAGUAAAUAUGUACAAUAUUUUAUAUACAAACUAGCAUACAUUUUAUUUAUCUAAUCACGAUGAAGUAAAGAUAAAUCACAUGUGCAACUAAAUAGUGAUAAAA